CUUACUCAUGGAAAUGCCACCUCGUUGAGAGUCCUCGACGAUAGCCUCACUUUUGGUUCUCCUCCUUCUCCAAACCGAACGGACGCUAUAACUCCACCAACCAACCCCACCAAAUGCUUCACUACUGCAAGGGACUCCUUUCUUUGCAAUAAUACCGCUAUGUUGUGGCUUCUCCUGAUAUUUACUACGAUCCCUAACAAUUGCGGCUCACAGAAACCCAACUCCGAAACAAACUCAUAA